AUGUACUACCUGCGGCCCCGCUCGCGCGAGGACCUGGAACGCCGGACGCGCUCGGCCGAGAUUAUCGCCGACCUCACCUACGGCAUGAUGGGCCGCUCGCCAGACUUCAUCGGCGGCUACGUCUCAGGCGCCGCCAUGCAGCCGGAGGUGUUCGACAGCGGAAGCAGGCCGUUCGCCGCCAACCUGCUCGCCUACUACGAACGAUGCAAACGGGAGGACCUCUUCCUCUCGCACGCGGUGACACCGCCGCCCCGCAGCAAGGACGAGAGCUUCGCAGGCCGCGCGGCCGACACGGUGCCGACGGGACUCGCCGUCACGGCGGAACGCGACGACGGCGUGGUCAUAAGCGGCCUCAAGAUGCUCGCGACCAGUGCCGCCUUCAGCGAUCACGUCUGGAUCGGCAACAUUCAGCCGCUGGCCAAGGGCCACGAGAAGGAGUCGAUCACCUGCGUCAUCCCGGCGAACGCGCCGGGCUUGAGCCUCUGGUCGCGCAAGCCGUUCGAGCGCUACGCCGUCAGCGAAAUCGACAACCCGCUCGCCUACCGCUUCGACGAGAGCGACUGCGUCGUCAUCUGCGACGAGGUCAAGGUCCCGUGGGAACACAUCUUCACCCUCGACGACAUCGAGCUCUCCCGCCAGAUCUACUUCCGCACCCCGGCCCAUACGCUCUCCAACCAUCAGGCCUGUGUCCGCUACCGCUCGAAGCUGCGGCUGCUCCUCGGUCUCGCGCGGCGGAUGACGGAAUCGUCCGGCAUCGACACGGUGCCUGCGGUGAGGGACGAAAUCGGUCACCUCGCCGCGCAAUACGGCAUGAUCGACGGAAUGAUCCAGGGCCAGAUCCACGACUUCGAAGACCUGGGCAACGGCUAUGUGAACUACAACCGCCACAUGAUGUAUGCGGCGAUCUACUGGUGCACCAGAACUACGACUCACAUCUGCUCGAAGGUGCGCGAGCUCUCGGGCGGCGGCGUUCUGCAGAUGCCGGCGGACAUCUCGGUCAUGGAGAACGACGACACCCGACAAACCUUCGAGGCGCUGUGGCGGAUGCCUGGCCACGGCGCACUCGAUCGGUUCAAGCUCUACAAGCUGGCGUGGGACCUCCUGGGCGGGGACGGGACGUUCCGGCUCUUCAAGUCGCCCACGCGGCCGGACGAUCCGGUGCAAGGCUGCCUCGAGGUGGUGCAGCAGGCGGCGGACGCGGACGGGCGCGAUCGGGCGGCCCUGCUCGGCGAAUGCGAGCUGUUCCUGCACGCCACGACGCGCGCGACCAACGCCGUGCUGACCGGCCGCACGGCGCGGACCGCCUUCCUCACCACCGAGGGACAUCCGGACAUCUUCCUGCUGCGGGAGGGCGGCCGGGUCGAUCCCUUCGACAACACCGUGCCGUUCCCCGAGCCGCUGGUGCCGCGCCGGUUGACCUUCGAGAUCCCGGAGCGGAUCCGCGCCGACGGCGUGGUCCACAAGCCGUUGGACGAAGACGCCGUCCUCGCCGUCAUCGAGCGGCUCAAGGCAGCCCAAGUCGAAGCCGUCGGGGUUUGCCUGAUCUGGUCGAUCGUCAACCCGGACCACGAGGAACGGGUCGGCGCGUUCCUGGACGCCCAUCUGCCGGGCGUGCCCUACACGCUUUCCCACCGCCUCAACCCCUCGUUGCGGGAGUACCGGCGGGCGUCAAGCGCCUGCAUCGACGCGUCGUUGAAGCCCGUAAUGACCGGCUACCUGUCGUCCCUGGAAGCGCGGCUGCGCGAAGCCGGUUUCAACGGCCGGCUGCUCACCGUGACCUCCCAGGGCGGUGUCGUCGACGCGGCCGACCUGGCGGCGACGCCGAUCCACUCCCUGAAUUCCGGCCCGGCAAUGGCGCCUGUCGCGGGGCGAGUUUUCGCCGCCGCCGAGGGCGACGAGGACAUGGCCAUCGUCGCCGACACCGGCGGCACCAGCUACGACGUCUCGCUGGUCCGCAAGGGGCGGAUUCCCUGGACCCGGGAGACAUGGCUCGGGCCGCGCAUCCGCGGCCACAUGACGGGGUUUCCGUCCGUCGACGUGCGCAGCGUCGGCGCCGGCGGCGGCUCCAUCGCCUGGGUCGAUCCGGGCGGCAUGCUUCAUGUCGGCCCGGACAGCGCGGGGUCCGUGCCGGGCCCGGCCUGCUACGGCCAGGGCGGCAGCGAGCCGACCGUGACCGACGCCGCGCUCGCCCUCGGCUAUAUCGAUGCCGACUUCUUCCUGGGCGGUGCCAUCGCGCUCGACACGGAUCGCGCGACGGCGGCCAUCGCGGAAAAGAUCGGGGCUCCCUUGGGCGUGGGCGCGCACGAGGCUGCGGCCGCCGUCCUCGAUGUCGUCAGCCAGAACAUGGUCCAUGCCAUCGAGGACAUCACGAUCAACCAGGGCGUCGAUCCGCGCGAGGCCGUGCUGAUCGGCGGCGGCGGCGCGGCGGGCCUCAACUCCGUGCAGAUCGCGCGACGGUUUGGGCUGCAAGCGCGUCGUCAUCCCCGACCCGCACCACCUUCACGACCAGCGACCGCUUUCGCGACCGAGGCGGUCAAUGCGACCCUUUCGGCGCUGGAGGCACUGUGCCGGGCCUUCCUCGAGGGCCGCGGCACCGCCGGGAUGGAGCAGAGCAUCGAGUUCUCGGUCGAGGCCCGCUACCCGCACCAGGUCUGGGAGAUCGAGGUGCCGCUGGCGAAAGGCCGCUUCGACGGUCCGGCGGAUGUCGAGCGGCUGGUGGCGGACCUCCACGACCUGCAUGAGGAGAUGUUCGCCGUGGCAGAUCGUGAUUCGUAUGUCGAAGCGGUCACGUGGCGUGCGCGGGCGCGCUGCGCCAUCGGCCGCCUGACCGACGCCCGCGCUGUGGAGCCUGCGGCCGAUGGCGAGAGCCGCUGGACGCGGGUCGCCUACUUCCCCGGAGUGGGGUUGGUCGACGCCCACGUGCACCGAUUGCAGGCGAUGGCCGGCGGCGAACGCGUAGACGGCCCGGCGAUCGUCGAAUCGAGCUUCACCACCGUGGUCAUCGAUCCGGGCGCGUCGGUGGUCCGCCCGGCGGGCGGCAAUCUGAUCGUCGACGUGAGCGGCUAG